UAACUUGACAGCCAGCUAGUUCAUUGCCAUCAAGAUGAGAGGGGUGUUUAACAUAAUAUGCACACUAUGCUUAAUUCCUAAGGCCUAUGGGUUCUCCAUUAGGCGGUCUUCGUUUGACCCAAAUGCAUUAUUCCAACAACAGGCUCAGAUCGCAUCUUCCUCCAUUAAAGGAUCCGGAAGUGUAGCGUCUCCUAGCGGAGGAACCUCGGGUUCUCAAUCCGGGGGUUCUUCAAGUUCAUCAUCAUCAUUUGACCCCAAUUCUUUGAACAACCAAAUGAUGCAGAGUGCAAACCAGGGACCUCCAAACUCAGGCAGUUCUUCCGGCGCUGCGUCGUCUUUUGAUCCAAAUUCACUCAAUAAUCAGAUGAUGCAAAGUGGCGGUUCAUCAUCGGGAGGAUUUGAUCCAAAUGCCUUGAAUAAUCAAAUAAUGCAGCAGAACUCCCAAAGUAGCACCGGAGGUGGAAGUGGAACUGCAUCAUUUAACCCAGAUACUGUAAAUAAGCCGAUAUCGCAGUCUCAAAGCGCCGGUGGUUCCAGUGGUGGAUCCAGUAGUUCUAGUCAGAUGAGUGGAGGAUCAUCGUCCGGCUCAUCGUCGUUUAAUCCAAAUACAUUAAAUCAGCAGAUGUCCCAGCCCCAAAGUACUGGGAGUGGUAGCAGUAUGGGAGGCGGUUCCAGUGCUUCCUCCGGUAGUUCUUCCUCUUUCAACCCAAACGCAAUGAACCAGCAAAUGUCACAAUCCCUAAGUUCGGGAGGUUCAACUGGCGGAUCUAGUCAAAUGAGCGGCGGUUCUAGUCAAAUGAGUGGUGGGUCUAGUCAAAUGAGUGGUGGAUCUAGCCAAAUGAGUAGUGGAUCUAAUCAAAUGAGCGGUGGAUCUAGUCAAAUGAGUGGUGGUUCGUCUAGCAUGUCAGGUGGUGGUUUUGAUCCUACAUCCAUGAAUAAUCAGAUGCUGCAAAAUAAUCUGCAACAAAUGGCCACUGGUCAACAGACAAAUGCCAACAUGAUGAGUGGUGGUUCUUCUGGCGGAAGCGGGGGUAGCUCAAGCAUGUCCAGCAUGAGUGGUAGUGGCGGAUCCAGUGGAAGUGGAGGAGGAAGUUUUGAUCCAAACUCUCUUAAUAAACCAGAAAAUAAUAAGAUUGACCCUAGUAUGUUUAUGUCCAAUAUGGGCGGAUCUGGCGGUAGUAGCUCGAGCGGAAGCUCCAGUGGCGGAAGUUCAAGUGGCGGAUCCAGUCAAAUGAUGAGCGGAGGAAGUUCCGGUGGCGGAAGUUCCGGUGGCGGAUCCAGUCAAAUGAUGUCGACUUCCAGCAUGAUGGGUGGAGGAAGUUCUGGUGGGAGUUCGAGUGGCGGAUCUAGUCAAAUGAUGUCGCCUUCCAACAUGAUGAGCGGUGGAAGUUCUGGUGGGAGUUCAAGUGGUGGAUCUAAUCAAAUGAUGUCGCCUUCCAACAUGAUGGGUGGAGGAAGUUCUGGCGGAAGUUCGAGCGGCGGAUCUAGUCAAAUGAUGUCGCCUUCCAACAUGAUGGGCGGUGGAAGUUCUGGCGGGAGUUCUGGCGGAAGUUCAAGCGGCGGAUCAAGUUCGAGCAGCGGAGGAAGCAUGCCAAACUUUAACCCCAAUCAGCUGAUACAGAACAUGAUGAGUGGCAUGAAUCUCAUGAACCCUAGUCAAUUUGUCGGCAGGAAAAGAUUUGUCCGUUAAAUGAGGAACAAUUUCAAUAAAUUACGAAGUACA